AUGGUAUUAACAAAUCAGGCAAGAUCACACACUUCGCUCGACUACGGUUUCCCUACUGUACAACUUUUUCUGCUGGCGAUAUGUCGUGUGGCCGAGCCAAUUGCCUUGACUUCCAUUCUGCCAUACUCAUGGGCAAUGGUCAAGGAUUUUCACGUGGUCAAUAGCGGUGAUUCCUCAUUCUAUGCCGGAAUUCUGAUCUCCGCCUUUUCCCUGGCGGAGGCCCUCACAGGCAUGUUUUGGGGGAGUCUUGCAGAUCGACUUGGGCGAAAGCCCAUUCUUCUCUCUGGUUGCUGUGGUACCAUGCUCUCUCUACUUGUGGUGGGGUUCGCUCCAAACUUCUGGGUCGCUUUGGCAGGCCGCGCUCUUGGUGGAGCGCUCAAUGGGAACAUUGGAGUCAUUCAAACCAUGGUGGGAGAAUUGGUUAAACGACCUGAACAUGAACCCCGUGCCUACGCUAUCAUGCCUUUCGUCUGGUCCAUUGGCACUAUCAUUGGGCCUGCCAUUGGAGGCUUGCUUGCAAGACCUGCGGACGGUUUUCCUAACCUUUUCCCUCGGGAUGGUCUUUUUGGGCGGUUUCCAUAUUUGCUGCCCAAUCUCGUCUGUUCCUUUCUUCUUCUUCUGAGCAUCAUUGGUAGCUGGCUGUUUCUCCAGGAGACUCAUCCUGAUAUGCAAUCUGAUUGCGAUCGUUACUUUCAGCACACGUCAGUCGACCAGCCUCUUCUAGCGACUUCAGGAACAACCGCCAAUGCGACGGUUGACCUUCGAGCCGAUUCAUACGGCACAUUUGACCAGGUUAGCUUAUACGAAGACAAGAACUGGGAGCUGCAGGCAGAUGGAACUGCAACUACCUGGAAACAAUCAACUGAGCCAAAAGCAUUCACAUGGCGUGUGACUAUGCUGAUCCUUGCUCUCGCUAUCUUCACUUAUCACUCGAUGACCUACGACCAUUUGCUGCCCAUAUUCCUUCAAGACGACCGCACUCGGAAUCCAUCCGCCACAUUAUCCGUUCCGUUCAAUAUUCCCGGGGGGGUUGGGCUUUCAACUCAGACUGUCGGUGUGAUCAUGUCGACUGAUGGCAUCAUUGCACUCGUGAUUCAAAGUAUGAUUUUCCCUGCAUUCGCUCAUUGGCUUGGGGUGUGGCGACUCUUCGUUGUGGUGACGAUCCUUCAUCCCAUCUCAUAUUUCAUGGUCCCAUUUUUAGUAUUCCUGCCGCAGAGUCUUGUCUUUUUCGGCAUCUAUGCUUGUAUGAUUGUCCGCAAUCUUCUCUCCAUCAUUGCCUUCCCCGUGCUCCUGAUUCUCAUUAAGCAAGCCAGUCCAUCGGACGCGGUUAUGGGCAAAAUCAAUGGCCUUGCCGCCUCUGCUGGAGCCGCCUCACGCACAAUGGCUGCUCCCAUUGCGGGAUUGCUGUAUGGAGCUGGUUCAGAAAUCGGUUGUACUGCCGUGGCUUGGUGGGGAAGCACCUUUGUCGCGCUGCUGGGGGCUUUCCAGAUUUGGCUCAUUCAACAGAAAAAGCUCUCACUGGCGAGCGACAAAUCAGCUAUGCCGUGUCACCUUUCUCCAGUUUCUGAUCGAUGCCCCAAUGAAACUGCUCAUAUCGUUGUGACUGACGCACACAGUAAUGAUGCUCCGCAAUCUUUACUUACCUCAUCAUUGAGAGAGUGA